UAUGAAUAAAACAUUUAAAUUGAAGCCAAAUGGAGCAUUAGUCAUUUAUUUCAAAACUGGUAAAAAAGUUACAAAAUCUGGAUUUGUUUUAAAAGCUAAUUUUAGAAAUGAUAAGUCAAAUUGUAAUGAAGAGGAAACUGUUACUAAAAAAAUUGAUGAAAUAGUCACAACUACAAUCACACCAAAAGAAGAAUUUUUAACUACCAACUACUCUGAUAGAAAAACAACAACAAGUAGUAGUAGUAGUACAGUUCCUAUGGAAAUAGACCUAACUACUCUGAUGCCACAAUUAACAACAAAAGCAACUGAAAAACCAAAAACAACAAAAAAAACAAGAAGAGCAACACUGUUUAUAAACAAUAGAUCAGUUGUUUGUGGCACCAUAAAUAUUCCAAAAUUAAAUUUUGAUUGUAAUGGAAAAAGCUACAAUAUCCGUUCCAACAAUCCAUAUUUACCCAAUUCAAAUUGUCGUCUUUAUUUAGUACCUCCAAGAGGGAGGAAAGGGACAGUUUAUUUCAAAUUUAAAUAUAUUAAUAUGCAACAUCAUCAUAGAUGCAUAUAUGAUUAUGUUAAGGUUAUUGAUGAUCAUUCAAGAUCUUAUAAAUUCUGUGGAACACAAAUACAUUUCAGAAGCAAUAGCGAUAAACAAUUCCGGGGAUUUCAAUUAACAACUACCUUCUCAUGUCAACCAUUAAUUCCACAAAUCAGACAAGUCUUAUGUAAAUGGGAUAAUCAUCGUAUUAAAAUAGAUUGUGAUACUGAAUAUUUAAGAAUCAUAGCUCCAAACAGUAGAACUAAAAAAUGGUGUUCAAUUAUCCUAGACAUUAGACAAGAAAAUAUAGAAGUGGAUUUUGAAUUUCUUUCAUUCAAUCUACAGAGAAAUACCGGAUUGGAUUACGAUGCUUUGACAUUUGCUCAAGGUUUUCGUCAUAUUCAGUAUUCUGGAAAAGCAAAUAAAGUCGGCACGAAAAAUGAUAGAAUUAGCAUCUUUAGAGGACGAAAACUAAAACCCCCCAAACUUGGAACAACUUAUUACACUGACGAAAAUGGAGAUUUUAGCAUCAAUUAUUUUGAAGGUACUGAUACAGGAGGAAGAUCAUUUGAAAUGAUUGCACGUCCAAAAUGUAUUUCCUAA